AUGCUAUGCUCCGAACAAGACCCACAUCCAGCUGCAGUGAAGAAGAAGCGGUCCCUGCGUCCGCACAGCCAGCCGUCUCCGGCUCUGUGCUGCGCUUGUGGACUAUGCCUCAUGCUGGCUGGGAUCAACAUCACUCUCGUGGGUGCUUUCGGCUUUGCUAAGAUGCUGCCUGCCAACAACCCACCCAUCAUCAUCGGGCCCCUCCUCCUGCUGGUGGCACUGUCGUUUUUUGCUGUGUGUUGCAUGUUUAGUCGCCAGCCUUCAGCUCGCUCUUCUCAUGACAACACAAGACCGGUCCACUGGGGCUUAAUGGGUGGAACCGCAUUCGAGAUGGAGACCAGCGAGCACACGCUGCAGGACACCACGGCCAUUCAGCUCAGCCCGAGUAACUCUCAAUGCUCCUCUCACCACUCUAGUCCCACCCACCUACCUGCUGUCAUGCUCCACCCAUCAGAGACUGCUAAACUUCCAAAUGGAAGUCAUCCAUAUUGUCAGUUGUCACCAAGAGAAGAUGAUAUGGUUCCGCUUAGCUCAUAUGAGGAGAGAGAUACAUAA